UAGGUGUACUAACAUAUUUCCCCUUUAAGCCCACACGUUUUUCAUUCUUCCAUUUCUCUCAAUCCUGAGAUAGAUCUAGGGUUUUUUUUGUCCCCUCAUCACUCCUCUUUCUUAUGGUGAAAGUUCAGUAGAUCGAGCUCUCUAUCCGGCUCCGACUCACGAUCACGAUCUCCAUCUUGGCUCAAAGCUCCGAUUCACGAUCGUAAUCUCUAUCCGGCUCUCUCCAUCUUGGCUCAAAGCUCUCGAUCAAUCCGAUUUGAAGAUUAAUUUUAUCUGUAAGUUUCGUUCAGACACCUAUUUUGCACUCUGGUGAGUCUUAUUUGAUUCCCUCUUUCCUUACCUUGCUACUUUCCAUAAAUUGGUUUCCACUGUUUCUUGUGUUUAAUUAUUCUUUUGCAAACAUGGAUUGAUUAUAAAUUUAUAUACAGAUUUGAAAAGGUAAAAAUAAAAAAGGUGAGAUAAAAGUAAAUGAAAUAUAAGUUAAUAUAAGUGAUAAAUAAGUGUGAAUAUUACACAAAAAUGUUUGUUGGUCCAUCACAUUAAUCGACAUUGACUUCAUCUUUCUGAAUGGUUAUGGUUUUGUACAGUAUAGGUUCUGUCAGUGUUUGAUUUUUACAAAGAAUGUUACGUUUCUUUUUCCAUAAGAUACAAUACGUAUCAUACGAUUUUGACUACACUGCCUGUGGUUUAGUUGGAUUCUUGGCAUGAUCAAAUCCAAAUCCAACAUGAUCUUAUUUUAUAUAGUUACAAGUUUUCAGAAUAUAUUAAAUAUUUUAGUUUUUUAUAAGGUAGGUAAUGCGAAGUGGGUAUUGGUUGACCUGUUUACCAAAAAAUAGAUAUUUGGUUGCAUAGUUUUGACUGCUCUUUAGUGUGCAAGAGCAUCUCCAGAAGCCUCUCUAUUCCUCCAUAUUUGUUACUAUAGCUAGCUUGGAAGGGUAAAUGAUGGCUCCAGCAGACUCGCCCAAGCAUCCCUAAGAUGAUUGUGAGCUACGGUACCUCGCCAGGACAAGCGAGAACACAAUUUAAUGCUGUUGCAUAAUGGCCUGUCAACUCUUUGAUAAAAUGCUUAUAAGUAAUGGGUAUCAAAGAUCUUCUCAAGUUCAUGAAACCCCAUAUUGAACCCAUUCACAUCAAGAAGUAUGCGGGCAAGCGGGUGGGUAUUGAUGCUUAUUCACGGCUUCACAAAGGAGUGAGUAUCACUCCAUCAACAGCACAUCAACUGAUUCAGAUUAUGAGAUCAGAGAACAUUGAAUUUGUAGUAUCUCCGUGUGAAGCUGAUGCACAAUUAGCAUACCUAUCCAGCCUAGAAGCAGAAAAAGGUGGAAUUGUAGCAGUGACUUCAGAGGACAGUGACCUACUGGCAUAUGGCUGUCCAACUGUUGUCUUCAAGAUGGACCGCUAUGGCAAUGGUGAAGAGAUAGUGCAAAACAAGGUUUUUGAGUCUGCAUCUCGUGUGCCUUCCUUCCAAUGUUUUGAUAAAGAACUUUUCACAGGCAUGUGCGCUUAGCUGGCUGCGCUUUUCUUCCAUCUGUUCCUGGAAUUGGAAUUACGAAAGCUUAUUCUUUGGUUUCCAAGUACCGGAACUUGGAUCGUUGUGCACUCUUUUGGAAUAAUUGCUUUGAAAAAACCUAGAACCUAGAUAGUUCUUUCAUAACCAAGUGAGACUUUUCUUCAAUUUUGCCAUUUGGUGAGUUGAAAUCUUCAGAUUCAGUGCUCUCUAGACUGAAGUGUUAGUGAAAAAUUGUGGCAAUUUAUUAGAAUUAAUGAUAUCAAAUAUUAGGUACAAUUAUAGAAAUGAAAAAAAUGGUACAUUGGCUUAUUUAGACAUUUGAACACACCGAAGGAUAGAUUUAUGGUAACCUAUGUAUGUUUUGGUUGCUUAAGUUGUAUCACACACAAGAUUCUAUUUGAUUUCUCUUGUCUAUUCACUUUUGAUAAGAUGUCGUGAAUCAAAUAUAUGGACUUCUACAAGAAAAACAUAAAUGCAUCUAGGAAAUUAUAAAACAAAAAAAAAAACAGAACUGAGUGAGAUUUUAUAGAGAAUUUGAUAGAAUCUAUGAAUUCAAGAAUCAAAGAAUUUGUUAGUAUAAAAAAAGAGGAACAACCAGUGGGUCUUGAGAGGCACUGCUCAAGAUCCCUGUUUGGCAUUCAUUAGAGCAGAACCCAAAUACACUCAAAUUCAUAUAUAAUCUUUUAUUAAAUGUCUUGUUUCUCAAAUAAUAUUGUCAUUUUUUACAAGUGCAUAUCUUGAGUUUUAGAUCACUUUUUUGUUUUAUUAUUAAAUUAUUCUAGCUUAAGAAAGUUUGAAAUCAUUCAUGCCUUGAUGAUUUAUUUUGGCUUCUAGAAGGGUAUCAAUAUCUUUUGUAGCUUUAUACUAUUUGUGUGGAGAAUCAAAAUAAUUAUGUCAUUUUUGGUGGCUGUGGGGAAAGGAUUGGGGCAGUUUAACAACUGGAUAAAUUACAUUAUUUUUGGUGUGAUCUAAAUGUAAGUUUAUAAAUUAAUUAGUAAGUUUAUUCAUAUGAUUCUGACGGUUUUUAAAUUAAUUUGUUUUUUUAUU